UGUAGUAUUUUCGAAUCGAUUGGGUUCAGGUUACCGCCGCAUUCGCUCCUCGAUCCAGAUCUAAAUACAAUGUCUGUGCAAAAGCCCACCAAGCAAGCUGCCUUCGAAGGCGAGGAGUCGCGCAUCCACCGCAUCCGCAUCACGCUCUCGUCGCUCAACGUCAAGAACCUCGAGAAGGUCUGCGCCGACUUGAAGAAGGGCGCCGUCGACAAGAACCUCAAGGUCUCGGGCCCGGUCCGUCUUCCGACCAAGAUCCUCCGCCUCACGACGCGCAAGUCGCCGUGCGGUGAGGGUACCAACACGUGGGACCGCUUCGAGAUGCGCAUCCACAAGCGCAUCAUCGAUCUCUACUCGCCGUCGGAGAUCGUCAAGCAGAUCACGUCGAUCUCGAUCGAACCCGGUGUCGAGGUCGAAGUCACGAUCGCCGACUCGAACUAAAUCACUCGACCAUCCUUGUGAUAACAUGAGACGUUGCGCCUGCGAAAGCACGCGUGGGGCAUUUGCACCGAUAUUCAAAUCUCCAGUCUUGUUUCUU